AUGAAUCUUUUAAUAUCACGUCAUAUCGUACGCCCAUUUCUAUUGAAAAAUUUUCUUCAUCUUCAUGUAUCACUACCACCACCACCACCACCAUCAUCAUCAUUCUCUAUAAUUCUAAAACGUUUUUCAUCAUCAUUAAAUAAUAAAAAUACUAAUACUAAUACUAACAACCAGAUAGAACAAUCGACUUUAAAUAAUAGAAAAGAUUAUGAAAAAUCAUUUCAACAAUUUGAACGUAAUGAAAAAAAUCGUCGUGUUAAUAUAGCACUUUAUAUGAGUUCAAUAGCUAUAUUAAUGCUUGGUUUAACUUAUGCAUCUGUACCUUUGUAUAAAAUGUUUUGUGAAGCAACAGGUUUUGAUGGAAUUAUAAGAAAUAUUGAAGAUGAAGAGAUUGUUUCAGCAAAUGUAAGACAAUUAUUUCAACGAUUAGAUAAAUCACAUCCAUCAAUACGAAUACAUUUUUCAUCUACACCAUCAUCACUCUUACCAUGGACAUUUGUACCAGAACAACCAGAUAUAACAAUUCAACCAGGUGAAACAGCUUUAGCAUUUUAUCGAGCUAAAAAUGAAUCGAAUCGACCAAUUAUUGGUAUAGCAACAUAUAAUGUACAACCAUCACAAGCAGCAUUUUAUUUUAAUAAAAUUCAAUGUUUUUGUUUUGAAGAACAACGUUUAGAACCGGGUGAAGAGAUUGAUAUGCCAGUAUUUUUUUAUAUUGAUCCAGAUUUUGUUCGAGAUCCUAGUUUACAAGGUGUUCGUGAUAUUAGUUUAUCGUAUACAUUUUUUGAAAGUAAAGGAACAGAACAUUUGGCUUUAAUGGGUGGUGAUCCAGCAAUGGCACAUAUAAAAUUAAAACCAAGUGAAGCCUUACCAUAUGCACAUCGACAGAGUGAUAAAAUAAAAACUGUUCCUGUCUAG